UGUUGAAAAGUCAGUUAAAGUCAGUCAACAAGUCAAGAAUGAGUGUUCUGCUACCAAACUUUCAAUCCUCAAAAUUUUGUUAAACGUCUUGUGCCUUUAUUUUGGGUCGUCACUCUUCCUACGUUUCUAAAGAAUGUCUUACAGCAGUUUGGAUCAGAUUUACCGAAGCAUUCUUUUAUCCAAAUAUUUCGUGAAAGGUUGGGGUAAACCAGACAGUUUAAAAAGGCUUUUUAAGUUCAGACGAAUUAUAUCAAACAGGGAUUAUAUUUACAAAUUAAUUCCUAAAGAUUACCCGAUAACUAUUGAAAAGGAUGAAGUGUGGUCAGACUAUCGAGUCCUGGAAGGGCACUUCAGAUCUCCUUUUGAUAUACAUCUUCCCAACAUCAUGCCAGAAGAAGUAAAGAAAGCUCAUUUUCAAGUUAUAUUGCCGACAAAGUGGAAAGAAGAAAACUACAAACCUGUUUGCCUUCACUUAGCCGGAACUGGCGAUCAUUAUUUUUGGAAACGAAGAAAUUUCAUGUGCAAGCCUCUGCUGAGGGAAGCUGGUAUAGGAGGCAUAAUUUUAGAAAAUCCAUUUUAUGGAUCUAGGAAACCUGAAGAUCAAGUUCGGUCAAAUCUUCAUAAUGUAUCAGACAUAUUUGUAAUGGGUGGGUGCCUGAUGCUUGAGUCUUUGGUACUAUUCAACUGGUGUGAGCAACAGGGUUUGGGGCCUCUUGGUGUGACAGGGUUGUCCAUGGGUGGACAUAUGGCAUCGCUUGCUGCCACCAAUUGGCCAAAACCUAUUGUCCUUGUACCUUGCUUAUCUUGGUCUACAGCGUCUGGUGUCUUUACUGAGGGUGUGAUGAGUGGAGCAAUACCUUGGGAUGUUCUCAACUAUCAAUACUUUUCUGAUGACAUUUAUAGAGAAGAAAUUCGCAAAAUGGUCACUAUAAUAGAAGAUGAUGCGUUUAAAGCUGGACAGCAUUUCAUAAAAAAAUACUCUGACAAAAUAGACAAUCUUCAGAACUUGCAGCCAGACCAACAACAUGAAAAAGAAAAGUCUGAUUCCAAUUUAAAAUCUUCUAACGGAAUCCCUGCAUCUGAAGUACUCUCUUCUAAAGACCCUGGAAGCUGUCCAUUAAUGGCAGAAGGGGAUGAAAAGAAACAUGAUUCGGUAGACCUGCUAGCAAAGUCAUUUGCAGCUAUGUCAAACACCAUUGAAACUGAUACUGAAAGGGAGAAAACUGAUGCCGAGAAGGAGAAAGAACGACUAGGUAAAGAUAUUCUUGACAGCUUAGCGGACUCAAAAUUACAAAUGCUGACGUACAAAGUUAAGUCAUCAUCAGACCAGCCAGCUGAUGUGAAAAGAGAAGUGCAGGAUUAUCAGUUGAGGAAAGAUUUUGCUGUGCACAGGAAGUCUACUGUUUCAUCAUAUUUGUCAAGUGACUUAAACCAAGUUGUCGGACGGAAGCUUCCGUUUUCAUUGUUGGGAAUUUCACCAGCAAAAGUCCGUGAUGCAGAAGCCAUGCAGUUCAUGCGGGGCAUCAUGGAUGAGUGUACUCAUCUCAAAAACUUUUCAGUGCCUGUUGAUACUUCUCUCAUUAUUGCUAUAUGUGCGACAGAAGACGGAUAUGUACCUCGAGAGGGGGUAACCCACCUUGCAGAUGUUUGGCCUGGAGCAGAAGUGCGCUAUAUCAAUACUGGACAUGUUGGUGCAUAUUUACUUCAUCAGACUGCAUUCAGGCAAGCAAUUAAGGAUGGUUUUCUUAGAGCAAAAGAAAAAUUAAAUAUGCCUCAUUAGGUGCAUAAGUGGAGCAUAUCAUCAUUCCAGACAAAAAUAUUUCUAAAAUUUUGUUGGGCUUAAAUGAAAUAUAAAGGGACAGGUUUUAUAGAUUUUUCUAAAAACAUUUUUUGAAAAGUUUAUGUAAAACUUCAAACUUCCUGCAAAGCAUGGACCACAAUGAUGUUCUGAAAGUUUCGCGUCAUAAUCUUUUGAAUGAGUAGUUAAGACACCGGUCUGAAUCAUCGGUAUUAACAGUGUCAAAAGAUGCAUCAUAAUUUAUCAUUUUGUUGUUGUAUAUUUGAUUUGUAACUGGAUUUUUGUAUUAGUAUGAUGUGCCAGAAAUAAUGUAUUGCGUGCCUAUUUCAUGACCUGAUAGGGGUAAGUGAAUUAUGGUUAUCAUCUUAACCCAGGUAUAUUCUAGUCCUUGUCUGAAGACCUUUGUCUUAGUUAGUCUUUGUUAAAUAGGGAUAUAGUGUUAUAAAAGUGUCAGGGCUUUUCUCCCAUACUUUUAAGAAUGUUUGACCUGACCAAGUCUCAGCUGUGAUUAAUUAAUUCUACUACUGUAUAUUAGUUAUUUUCUCUUUCAAAUUUUAAUGCAAGGUAUAUAUUUUUUAAGUAUUUUAUUAAAUGAGGUUUAUUUAUGUACAACUCAGAAGCUCAUAAAGUAUUGCUUGAACAGAGCUUCCAAGAAAAUGCUGGGAAAUUUUAUUUAUCUCUUUUGUAUGACCUUUUUGUCAAUUGCCGUUUUAACUGAUUGGCAAAUUCUGUAGAUUAAAGAGGCUGGUUUUGACCACUGUGUGGUUAUACUUUAGUCAAUGUGUUGAACAUUCACCAUGUACCCUAUCCGUUUACUAUUUAUGUUGCUGUUUUAUCCGAAGUUCUCAAUUUGAAUUGUUUGCUGGCUAUGAAUUUUUGCAUUUGUCUUGUUCCAAAGCCAAUUUCUGAGGGCAUAUGCUGUCACUUUGCUCGUCUCUUUUAAAUGAAGAUUUCAAGAUAAGAUUUUCCAUGUUUGUUUUUUUCAGCACUUGUCUCUUCAUGUACUUCAGAUUCUUUUAAAUAAACAAAAAGAAUGCUCUA